AAGCUGUUGAAGUAACAAGUGUAAAAUAAAAGAAACAUAUAUAAUGUGAUCAAUUAUUUCACAUUUUCUUCAAUUUAGUACAAUGGAAAAUGGUACAAGUAAAAAAGAUUUUACUUUUGACCAGAUUUAUGACUGGAGUAUAAAAAAAGCAAAAACGUACUGCGAUGAAACAGUUUUAAAACAGGACUAUCCAGUAGAUGGUAAUUUGUACUGCAAUGCCACAUUUGACGGGUACAGCUGUUGGAACUAUACAAAAGCUGGAACAAGAGUCUACGGAGAAUGUCCAGAGUUUUUCAUUUACGAGUUUGGUCAUACUAAAUCAUUUCCGUUUAAAGAUUGUAAUAAAGAUGGGACCUGGUUUCGUCACCCAGAAACAAAUACUUCAUGGUCAGACUACACAACUUGUGCCGAGACGAUAAAAGUUCGGAGAGCACACAAAGUUUUGUAUAUAUACUUCAGUGGUUAUGCCCUAUCCAUGGUCUCAUUGAUGCUGGCUUUGUGCAUUUUCUGUUGCUUCAGACAACUGAAAUGUACAAGGGUGUCAAUCCACAAGAAUAUGUUUGUGUCGUAUAUUCUGGCAGCCAUACUAUGGAUGUCUUAUUAUUUAUCCAGUGCCCUGCAGCCAGAUGUUCUUCAAGAAAAUCCAGUUUGGUGCAGACUCCUACAUAUACUUGCUCAAUAUGCGACCUCGUCAAAUUAUGCUUGGAUGUUUUGUGAAGGGCUUUAUCUUCAUACUGUUUUGAUAUUAGCAUUCAUCAACGAAAAACACGUGCUUAUUCUGUGCAUUAUAACAGGAUGGGUUGUUCCAAUGAUACAGACAGUCAUUUACUUUGCAAUACGUGUCACGUCAUCAGAAAUUAAUAAGUUAUGUUGGCAUGGUCAAACGAAUCUCCAGUGGAUUUUCUUAGGACCUAUUGCUUUAUGGCUUGCAUUAAAUACGUUUUUCCUAGUGAAUAUUUUGCGUAUUCUUUGCACAAAAGUCAGUUCAAUGAGUCAGUCAAAUCCUCUUAGACAUACCCUAAGGGCAACACUUAUAUUAAUUCCACUGUUGGGAAUCCAAUAUGUUGCAAUUCCAUUUAGACCUGUAGGCCAUGAAGAUUUUCUUUAUGCUUACAAUAUAGUGUCAGCUAUUCUUGUUUCCUUCCAGGGAUUUUUUGUUUCGCUCCUGUUCUGUUUCUUUAAUGGUGAGGUCAUCCUACUUCUUAAAAAUCAGCUUGGAGUUCAUAGGCAGCGGAAAAUGAGUCGUUCAGAUACAGCACGAAGUUCAAUGUACUUUCAGUUAUCAAAUAAUAAUAACGCGUCUCGACCAAGAUUGUCGAUUUGCAGUCCUGGUGUUAAAACAAAUGAUGAAACCGGUGUUAAACUUGUAACUGAAACCGGUGUUAACCUUGUAACUGAAACAAAACCAGAAGAGAAACCUCCAGACCAAUUUAUUGAAAGCAAUGUUUAAAGUCGUGCCGAUAAGUCUACUAAAACUAUGAACACUGUGUACAUGUUAUAAAGUAUAUGUUCUAAUACACAAAAGAUAGAAGCCAAUGUUGUCAAGCUUACAAACCAACUUAAAUAUAAGAGGAAAAACACUGGAAGAAGUUGGAAUGAAGUGUAUAAUGUCUAUAAAUGUCUCAGAACAUAAUACUCUAUAUAAGUGUAUGCUUCUUGGCUUUCACACCAAUAUUGAUGACAGACGCAAAAAGUAAGGCUGUGUUAUUGGUUAUGCUUUAAAAGCAAGAAGUUUGAAACUGUAAAGCGAAAAUCUGAGAAGGGGAUA